GAAAAGAAAAGAAAAGAAAAAACAAAUCUUCCUUUGACUGAGGCAUAUAAAAAUAGCUGAAUUAACCUCCUCUAGUCUGUAUAUGAGGUUUGUCACAUCACGAUCACCAUCAUAUUCAUAGACAACAACUAGCCCGCGUCCAUACGCAGCAUACUCCGUACAGAGUACAUUAUUCACGGAUAUCAACACGUAUGGAUCCGUGCAUCCAAUAAAAACAUGCUCUGACGACGCCGCAACCACAACUGAACCUGCACAGAGACAAAGAGAGCAGAAGCAAAGCAAAGAAAAGGCGUGAGUACUUUGUAAAUAGGAAGACAACAGGACACGCCUACAACACACACACACACACGCGCGCCGUUCAACCCGACCUCAGACCUCCCCGAGGAAGAUACCGAUUCUAUCCCCCCCCUUCAAUCUUCAAUCUUCAAUCUUCAACCCCCCUCGCAAUUCGAUCUCCACCGCUUCUCUUCUAUUAUUAUUCGUUCCACCAUCGUGCACGUUCUUCAGCAUCCGUCUCGUCUCCACCGGGGCUCGGUUCCCAUCCUGGUUUGCAUGUGCUUUGACCGACCAGGGCUGGAUCAAACAAUAAUAAAAUACAAAUAAUUAAAAAAAUAAAAUAAAAUAAAAAUACCCUCGCGUGAUCCGUCUAAUUAUAUACCUGAACCCGCCUAUAUCUCGUCAUCCACGCUGCGAUCUUAUGUACCGUUUGUGAUUACACACACUCACCACUGUUACUUUUUGAAGUUGAAAAUCGUAAUCGCCUUGCUAUUUACUCGCGUUGGUUUUUGACUGGGCUUGCCAGGCGAUGGAGUGGUUGCUAGAAGGCCGAGUACUACUGCUGCUGCCAUGACGUGUCGCGGACACGGGUAGGGUUGAGAAAACUGGGAUGCGAAAGUACUGACCCAUCCCCCCCCGCCCGCCCUCUCACCGUCUGCGGGUUCACCUAGUUUUCUCUGCUAGAGUAACAGGUCCCAGCUUUGAGCGGUAGGGUGUUCGAAUCUGAGCUUCCGGUUCGCGUCGUGGGGUGUGUGUGUGUGUGUGUUAGAGAGGGUGACCAACGGAGAUCACAGUUAACCUUUUUGAACUACGAGAAACGGUCCGUACGUACGAUCUAUAGGCGAUACCGUCGAACGAACGAAACGCGUGAGGUAAACGUAUCGAAUAAGAGAAGGAAAAAAAAAAAACAUGGUAAAACAAUCCCGCCAUUCGCGCGUGAUGGGAAAAGGGAAAGCGCCCGUGCGUGGGCCAGCCAGGGCGGCAGAGGCAGAGCGGGCAUCCGGAUCUAGAUCGCGCCGAGGCCGGGGACACGACCAGGAACGUGCCGCUCCCGAUCCGUCCGGCGAGAUCCCGCUCGUUUAUCGCGAUAUGCUGGCGGAAUCUGGUGCUGGUGUGGAAGGGCGUUCUGGAUCCCUAAGCCGUGCAAGUGAUGAGAGGCCGGUUAAGAGGAGGAGGGUUGGGGAGAGAAGAGCCGGCGGAAUUGAGGCGGGGAAAGGAGGAAGAGAUGAAAGAGGAGGAGGGGUGGGAGUUUAUGUUGGCAAACCGGUUCAGACUGUAUAUGACGUGGAUGUGUCGGAUGAUGAGGAGGAGAUGGAGUGGGAGGAUGUCGAGGUCUCUAUCGUCACGCCUGCAGCUGCAGCUGCAUCCGCGUCUACAUCUGCGUCUGCGUCCGGGCUGGGGUAUCACGGGGCUGCGGAACAACAGGAGGUAGGGGUGGAGGAGUCUGAAGAGCUGCUACAGAUUACGCUUGAGAAGCCGGAGAAAGGGAAACAGCGCGCUGCUGCUGUGAGAAGGAAACCCAUCACAGCGCAGGAGAAGAAGUGGCGACUGGAUAUUCAUAAGAUGCACGUCUUGUGUCUGCUAGGCCAUGUGCAACUGAGGAAUUUGUGGUGUAAUGAUGAUAAGGUUCAGAAUGUGCUGAAGCGACUUCUCUCCAAGCAUACGGUCAUGUGUCUAAAUCCCAAGGAGACCUUACCACAGUUUACGCGCUCGACAACCUUUGCAGAUGGUCUGAAUCAGGCUACGGAAGCGUUCCGGCGCCAUUUCAAAGUAACCGUGCCCGGCAUGAAACGGCCAUAUUGGCUCGAGAAUCCAAACGAGUUGAAAGACCCAACUGGCCUAUUAGAUACUGCGGAGAUAUUAUCAUCCAAAGAAGACUUCCUCAAACAAGCCGUUGCCCUACGAGGAUCGAGGGACCUCGGUGCCCAGCUCUUCUGUGCGCUUCUGCGAGCUGUGGGCGUGGAUGUGCGACUGGUGUGCUCCCUGCAGGUACUCCCAUUUGCGGGAGUUGCGAAAGGGAUCAUGCCCCUGAAACCGGAGCGGGAGUAUAUUGUCGUCUCUGAGGAUGACGGUUCACUAGCCACUCAUGGUUCUACAAAGACGCACGAAACGGCCCCGUCGUCACGGAUCCGGCGUAUUGGGCAACCCCGAUUUUCUUCAAGUCCUGCGCCCAGCCCUAAACCUAGGCUGCCGACUGCUUUGCCACGAGCAUUUUCAGAGUCUCCCUUCCCCGUAUUCUGGGUGGAGGCGUUCAACGAAGCGAUGCAAAAAUGGGUCCCUGUCGACCCCAUCGUGACCAACACCGUGGGGAAACCUUCUAAAUUUGAGCCCCCAGCCAGCGACCGCUACAACAAUAUGAGCUAUGUUAUCGCUUUCGAAGACGACGCGUCCGCCCGCGACGUCACAAAACGCUACACGAAAUCGUUCAACUCCAAGACGAGAAAGCAGCGCGUGGAGUCUACUAAGAACGGCGAGGAAUGGUGGGCGCGUACGAUGAACUUCUUUGAGAAACCGUUCCUGGAUGACCGGGACCAGGUGGAAAUCGGCGAAUUGACGGCAAAAGUUGCGGCAGAAAUGAUGCCGAGGAACGUUCAGGAUUUCAAGGACCACCCUGUUUAUGCGUUGGAGAGACAUUUGCGGAGGAAUGAAGUUAUAUUUCCUAGGAGGGAAAUUGGGAAAGUUGGGCUCAGUAAGGUAUCUACGAACAAGAAAAACCCCCCGCUGGAAUCCGUCUAUCGGCGCGGGGAUGUGCACGUCGUGAAGAGCGCGGAUGGGUGGUACCGGCUGGGUCGGGAGGUGAAGGUAGGCGAACAGCCUCUGAAAAGGGUUCCCGUGUCCAGAUCCAAAGGAGAUUUUGAGCACCGCGAAGAGCUCUCAGACUACGAAGAGGAGGGUCAGGAGACUCCCAUGUAUGCCAUUCACCAAACGGACCUGUACCAACCACCACCCGUCGUCGAGAAUCGUGUGACGAAGAAUGCCUACGGUAAUAUUGACGUGUAUACGCCUAGCAUGGUACCGGAAGGUGGCUUUCACCUUCGACACACGGAAGCCGCAAACGCAGCGAGGAUUCUCGGCAUUGACUAUGCGGACGCGGUGACUGGGUUCCAGUUUAGGGGCAGGCAUGGUACUGCUGUUGUGCAAGGGAUUGUUGCAUCUGUUGAGUAUCGCGAUGCUCUCUGCGCUGUUCUUGACGCGUUGGAGGACGAGCGGGUGCAGGCUGAGCAUGAGAAGCGGACUGCGGAGGCGCUUGGGAUGUGGAAGCUGCUGUUACUGAAGCUGAGGGUUGCGGAGCGGGUGAGGAGUUAUGCUUUUGAGGGGGAGGGGGACGAAGAGGAAGAGGAAGAGAAAGAGAGGGUUUCGGAUGGAGAUGAAAAUGAUGAUAUUGAAGGAGGUGGAGGUUUUAUUCGCGAAAGCGGUCAGGUGGAGGCCUUGCCCUCACAGAAGGGUUUGCCCCAGUUUGAAGGGGCCUUCGAAGCUGGUGGCUUCAUUCCGGAAGGAAUAGACGGAGAAGAGGACUCGACAACCACGGGCGGGGGAUUUAUGCCACCCAUCCUAGCCCCUGAUGAAGCGGGCUCUUCCACAUCUGCCACAGCUAUAGGAAGUAACUCUCUCCGACCGCAAGAGAAGUCACGAUAUACCUUAAUAGUGACCCCGAAUGCUGCAUCUGAAGCACACCUUCCCCAACCUCAUACCUCCCCAACUACAACUCCAUCACAUGCGCAAACAGCGCGGCAACAAACACAGGCCCAACAAACUCAUACCCCUCAGCGCCAGCAACCGCAAUCGCAAUCGCAACUGCAACAGCAACGACCCCCCACAACAACCGCACCAGAGGGCUCUCCCACAGCCCCUAUCGCUGUCCCUUCCUCGGGCAGCGACGAGGAGUGUAGCGUAGAGGAGAUCUGCGGUGUGCCUGACCUUGUGCACGAAGGGGAAUCCGACAGUGAGAUUGACCAGAGUUCGAUGCUCUCGCAUGAUCCGGAGGACGAGGAUGCGGAGCCUGAGUGGUUGUUCUCUGAUUAAUUUAAUUUAAAUACAGGAGCAUUAACUGUUUUGUUUUCCUCGGGGUUCUGUUUUGCAUUUUCAAGCAGGUUUCGUAUUAGUUUUGUAUAAAUAGGUAUAUAUAACUAUCCCCACACUGUUUGUUAUACGGUUGCCUGGGUUAGGCUUUGGGAUUUGGGAUCUGGAAUAAUAUAAUAUACUUCUGUACGGAUGGGGGAUUAAGACUUUGGGAUAAAUAC